ACCUGAACCCCACCGCUGUUCCAAUGGAGAGGGUCCAGCACCCAGCACAUGCGCGCCGGGGCUCAAGCUUUGCUGGAAUGGAGAUUCCCUGGCGUGGCUUUCCACUGCAGCCUCGGCCGAAAAGCUGCCACUGCGCAUCCGCGGACUUGAAGACACCUCCUCAAGCCCGACCAGACCCCGACGGAGUAUACAACGUUGUAGAGAGCAGAGAGCCAAGUCCCGGUUAUGGUUGCGAUAUAGUGACGGUCAGUCAUAUUGGGACUCCUUUUUUCCCCCUUUCUUUUCUUUUUCCCUGGGCGCAAUGCCCGUCCAUUCACUUUCAUAUCCGGCAUCAGCCGGCAACCACGAUUCGUCAGCUCGCGAUGUCUUGAUAUUCUUUAUCUCCGGAAACCCCGGCUUGAUUGACUAUUAUGGACCUUUCUUCGAGAGCCUGAGAGCCCUCAUUGAUUCCUCUACCGCUCUUGGGGCCACCCGCUUUCACAUAUACGGCCAGGACUUGGCAGGAUUUAGUGAUGAUGAUCACGAACCCUUCGACACCAAGCACCCCCCACGAAAUGUGGGCUUCCAGGUGCAGAACUCAUUUGAGGCCCUAUCGAGUCUGAGAGUAGGAAGCGGGCCCAAGAAGGGCAAGGCUUUUGACGAAGUGCUUCUUGCCGGCCACUCUGUCGGAACGUACAUCGGUCUUCAGUUGUUUCACAAGCUCCUGGAGAACCCAUCCUCUGCGCCUCACCUCCACCUGAAGGCAGGCAUCCUGCUCUUCCCUACAAUCGAGCAUAUAAGCCAUUCACCUCAAGGCGUCAAACUCAAUCUUCUCCGACGCACACCCUUAAUAGGUCCUAACGCCCACUCCAUCGCCCAGGGCUUCUUGCGUCUCUGGCCCUACAAGGCCCUCUACUGGUUUGUCAGCAAGGUGCUCGGCUUCCCGCCGCACGCGGCGACCGUGACGACCAAAUUCCUUAAAAGCCGUGAUGGUGUCUGGCAGGCUUUACAUAUGGGCAUGGACGAGAUGCAAGUUAUUGCUGAGGACAAAUGGGACGAGGAACUUUGGGAGAUUACACAUGAAGCUGAGCAGCAUAAUGUGCAGCCGAUACCAAAAUUCUUCUUUUUCUUUGGCAAGAACGAUCAUUGGGUUGCUAGCCAUUUGAGGGAUGCCUUCAUCGAGAGAAGACAGAAGCAAGCCGAAAGGACGUGCUUGUUGGUUGACGAAGGCAAUCUGCCUCACGCCUUCUGUAUCCGUAAGUUGGAAAUUGGAGCUCUCCAACACUGUUGACUAACUGUACGACAGACCACAGCGAGACGGUAGCUGAGAAGGUACUGGUUUGGAUCAAGGAGAUCUAUGGGUUAUAAGUCGCCGUCCUGUCAACUAUAGAACCUAUGUAAACUACUCAGCGCCGCGCGUUGCUUCCGAUUGCAGAACCAUGAGAUAGAAAAUAGAGUAAACACAACAGGAUGGCACGUUAAGUAGUAUAACAAAUUAAUCAACGAUGAAAUGACGGGUCAUGACAACCCGUUCAUUUUCACAAACCUCAAUGGCAUAUAGCACCAAAAUCGUUCCUUAA